UCUUCAGAUUUCUCCCACUACUUCUGUCCCAACUCCAGUAACUUCUCCGCAGAAAACGGCGGAUAAUGGUGUUGAUUUUGAAGAGUUCCGUGCAGCUUUAUUGAGUGUAGUUGAUCGAACUGAUCCACGGGUAGAUCUUACUGAUUUCAAAAUGAUCGGUGAAGGAUCAACGGGUAUUGUGUUAUCAGCGUAUAAGCACUCACUAAAACAUAUUGUGGCUGUGAAACGAAUGAAUUUGAGGAAGCAACAGCGGCGUGAACUACUUUUCAAUGAGGUAUCAAUAAUGCGAGAUUAUCAACAUGCGAAUAUUGUUCGCAUGUUCUCCUCACAUCUUGUUGGUGAUGAAUUAUGGGUAGUGAUGGAAUUUAUGGAAGGAGGAUCCUUAACCGAUAUCGUCACGCAAACAAGGUUAGUUGAUGACCAUUUACGUUAA